ACGCAGUUGGCAUAGGGUACGGUCCAUGCGAAUUAGAAACCAUUCCGGUCGCUGUUCUUCACUUGGCCGGUUAAGAUGUUGAGUGCCGCAUCGAAAGCAGCCUCUGGGGCCCUAAGGGCCGUCAAACCAACCCUUCUUCAAAAUGAAGUUGCUAAAAUCUCAGGAGCCCUGUCAGUAAAUAGCAGGGAUUAUGCAAAAGCUGCAAAUUCAAAGGGUGGAUUACAAGGAAAGAUUGUGGCUGUCAUUGGUGCUGUUGUUGAUGUACAAUUUGAGGAUGAUCUUCCACCAAUUCUUAAUUCCUUGGAGGUAAAAGAUCGUACUCCUAGGCUAGUUCUUGAAGUAGCUCAGCAUCUAGGAGAGAGCGUAGUGCGCACCAUUGCUAUGGAUGGUACUGAAGGUUUGGUUCGUGGUCAAACUGUUCUGGAUUCUGGAUAUCCCAUUCGUAUUCCUGUUGGUGUUGAAACAUUGGGUCGUAUUAUUAAUGUCAUUGGCGAACCAAUUGAUGAGCGUGGUCCAAUUCCUACAGACAAACUUGCUCCCAUCCAUGCAGAUGCUCCUGAAUUUGUAGAUAUGUCUGUUGAACAGGAGAUUUUGGUAACUGGAAUUAAAGUCGUCGAUCUUCUUGCUCCCUAUGCCAAAGGAGGAAAAAUCGGUUUGUUUGGCGGUGCUGGUGUUGGAAAAACUGUACUGAUUAUGGAACUGAUUAACAAUGUCGCCAAGGCUCAUGGUGGUUACUCUGUAUUCGCUGGAGUGGGUGAACGUACCCGUGAAGGCAAUGACUUGUAUCAUGAGAUGAUUGAAUCUGGUGUUAUUUCAUUGAAAGACAAGACCUCCAAAGUAGCUCUGGUAUAUGGUCAAAUGAAUGAACCGCCAGGCGCUCGUGCUCGUGUCGCUUUGACUGGUUUAACUGUUGCCGAAUAUUUCCGCGAUCAAGAAGGUCAAGAUGUAUUGCUAUUUAUUGAUAAUAUCUUCAGGUUUACUCAAGCCGGUUCGGAAGUAUCAGCUUUGCUGGGUCGUAUUCCAUCCGCUGUAGGUUAUCAGCCAACCUUGGCAACUGAUAUGGGUAGCAUGCAAGAACGUAUUACAACGACAAAGAAAGGAUCCAUCACUUCUGUGCAGGCUAUUUAUGUACCUGCUGAUGACUUGACUGAUCCUGCUCCUGCUACCACCUUUGCUCACUUGGACGCUACAACUGUAUUGUCUCGAGCUAUUGCCGAAUUGGGUAUCUAUCCUGCUGUCGAUCCUCUUGAUUCUACUUCUCGUAUCAUGGACCCCAACAUCAUCGGGCCUGAGCAUUACAACGUUGCUCGUGGUGUGCAGAAAAUCUUGCAAGAUUAUAAAUCGCUUCAAGAUAUUAUCGCUAUCUUAGGUAUGGACGAGUUGUCGGAAGAAGACAAACUUACUGUAGCACGUGCGCGUAAGAUCCAGAGGUUCUUGUCUCAACCAUUCCAGGUUGCUGAGGUGUUCACCGGUCAUGCCGGCAAAUUAGUACCGUUAGAAGAAACUAUUAAAGGAUUCAAGAAGAUCCUUGGUGGAGAUUAUGAUCAUCUGCCAGAAGUCGCGUUUUACAUGGUUGGGCCAAUUGAAGAAGUAGUAGCGAAAGCAGAAACAUUGGCACAACAAUAAACCGAUUCACAGUCAUCGUAAUCAUGUCAUUAAGAAGUAAUUAAAACGAUCUUCUAAUAAUACAGGCCUGUUUCUUUUAUAUCUCUAAAUAUUAGUUUUCAUCCAAAAGUAAAAGGGGUCUUUGAACAAAAUUGUAGAACGUGGAUUAGAAGAUUGUUUUUUGCAUUGUUCUAACGUUCACAAGAAACAUACGAAUUUAUCGAGAACAUCGUGAACAUAAUUAAUCGUAAAUUUUAUACAAAUUCGUGUAAUUUCGUUCAGGGUGUUUUCGUUAUCCAUAGAUCGAAUC